UAAAUAUAGUCUGCAACUUUCCAUUUACGUAAUAAGUGUUCAGUUCAAUCUUAUCUAGGCGUAAUUAGCCUAACUUGGAGAAGGGGUGACUUGAAAGAAUUGAAGGACACGACACGUUAUCAUAGAAUGUUUCUGUUUUGUUCUCCAUGUGCUGCCUAACGUUACCAGGCUUGCUAAUGUAACGCUACAACCUGUGUAGGCCACCACUAUUGCGCCAGUUUUGUGCAACUUGAAUAACGGACGUAGGCUAAUUGUUCCUCAAUAGUAGCCUAUGCCAGGGGGUUAAGGAUGGCGUCGAGUUUCUCCGAGGAGGAUUUCUCCUGCCCUGUGUGCUUUGGCGUCUUCAAGAACCCUGUCAUGCUAACAUGCAGUCACAGCUUCUGUGAAUCCUGUGUGAGGCGGUGCUGGGAGGCCAGUGGAUCCAGAGAGUGUCCAGCCUGCCGAAACCCAUCUCAUGACCUCCCUCGACCAAACCUGGUUUUGAAAAACUUAUGCGAGAAAUUUUUACAGCAGAUGAAGGCUUUAGCUGAGAUGUGUCAAUUACACAAUAAGAAACUGGAGUUCUUUUGUUGGGAUGAUGAACAACCAAUUUGUGUUAUGUGUCGAGAUGCGGAGACACACUCAAACCACAGACGUUGUCCCAUAGAGAAGUUAUCCUGUAAGCGAAAGUCGACACUAGAGGCUAAAUUGCAGCCUUUGCGGAAAAAGCUGAAGACCUUUCAAGAGGCCAAACUCAUUUAUGAACGAACAGCAAAGCACAUAGAGUCUCAGGCCAAAGAUGUUGAGGAGGGCAUCGAGGGGGUGCUGAACGACUUCUUAGGCUUUCUGGAGCGGACUAAGAGGGACAAGAUGCGUGCACUCAAGGUGGAAAAGAGAUCGAAGAUUCUGAUGGUUGAAGAGACGAAGAAGAGGGCAGACAGGGAGAUCUCAUCCCUCACUUCCACUUUAGAGUCCACAGAGGAGGCGAUGGGGGCUGACAUAACCACAUUUCUUCGGGACUACGAGGAGACAGAGGGAAGAAUUCAGUGCACACUGCAGGAUCCAGAGAGUGUUUCAGGAGCUCUGAUUGACGUUCCAAAGCACCUGGGCAACCUAAGGUUGAGUGUUUGGGAGGAGAUGCAGAAUUUGGUUACGUAUUUUCCAAUCCUACUGAAUCCAAACACUGCCAGCAAACAUGGCAUCGUGUGUCCAGAUCUGAUAGAACUGGGUGCUCCUGAUCCUGCCACUGCUGCUGCCGCUGUUGCCAACGGCAACAACCCCGACAACUUCCCAGACCACCCCGGGAGGUUUGAUUUCAGGAACACCGUCCUGGGCUCCGAGGGGUUCGACUCGGGGACUCACUGCUGGGAGGUGGAGGUUGGGGACAGUACGGAGUGGUGCGUGGGCGUGAUGGCCGAGUCUGCCCAGAGGAAGGGAGACUUCACCUCCAGGAGCGGCGUCUGGUAUCUGGCUCGCUGGGGGGAGAGGCACGAGGCCUGCUGUCCUCCGAACAGGCCGGUAGCCGUCGCAGUGGACCGGCUGUGGAGGGUCAGAGUGCAGCUGGACUGGGGGAGAGGAGAGCUGUCGUUCUCUAGCCCCUGGGACCCCAACGUACACCUACACAAGUUCACACACACUUUCACUGAGAGAGUGUUUCCGGUGUGCUCAGGUGAUAAGCGUCUCUCAAUAGCGCCAGGAGAUGUUUCUGUAAAACUACAGACUAUCUUGUCCGGAUAAGUAGAGGAAGUACACACACAGACACACACAUUAGACAUUUCAUACACUGACAAAAGACACACACAGAUAUUAGAGACACACACACAGAAGUGAAGGUCACUUUUGCAUUUAAGGUCUUCAAUAGAUAGAGUGUUGUUGCUUUACGAAGAGGGUCAACCCACCUGACAAUGUUUGUUUGUUUAUGAAACAAUCUGCAGUUAAACCCUCAUUCUUUUCUUUGUUCACUAGUUUGGGUGACUGUGCUUUUCUCUCAGUAUGGACUUGGGUGUGUGCUGGUUUCUCAGCGUGGACUUGAGGGAUUGUGUGCUGCUUUUGUUUGUUUAUGAAACAAUCUGCAGUUAAACCCUCAUAACUUUCUUUGUUCACUAGUUUGUGUGUUCAGUAUUUCAAACCAUUCAGUCUUCAGCCCUGACACUGACAAAUAUCUUUGAUUUCUUCGAUCUUUAUUUCUCUUAAUAAAAAAAUUGUUCACUGUUA